GUAAAGGGCGGGAAUGAACUCUUAAUUUUGGGGCCUUCCCUUAUAAUUUAUCUGUUUUGCAGUUUUGGUUGUUUUUUCAGCUCAAGCUUAUUUUCCAAAUUACUGGCAAAGCGGCUAAUCUCCCCCACAACCAUACUAACAAAAACAAACCACUUCCCCUUCAAUGCUAUUUUCAUUCAAUUCCUUCAACUUCCAUGGGAUCCCUACACUUUCCCUUUUUCUUCACCUCCCAUCCUAUACACAAAUUACAUCAAACACCAUUCAAUGCAAGAAACUAAACAAGGAGAUGCCAGAAUCUACAUUGUCUCCACCAUUUUCUUCCUCUGCAUCUGCACGGGGGGCGCCUUCUUAUGCCUUUACAUGUUACAACCCAAGGCCGAAUCCGCAUCCUGGUAUCCUGUUGUUGGGAUAGUUCUCAUUGGCAUUCCCUGGAUCUUUUGGAUUGCUACUUACCUAUAUAGGAGUUUUGAAGAUUGCGUUUGUGGAAGCAAUGGAGGGAAUCUCAACAGGGAACUUAGCAGUUUAACCAAGAAACAGUCUUGCGCUGCUGAUGGACAUGUAGGCAAUUCGAUGGAUUCAUUGGAAAAUGAAGGCUCACCACUGGGAUCGCCUGAUGGUGAUCAUCGUCGUGUUCCUUUCGGUAACAUUGUCAACAAACAUGGGGGUGAUAGUCCACGCAAAGGUGCACGACCUCUCUGAAACAGCACAGGAAGGUAAAGAGAAUGAUAAUCAUAUUUCAGCUGCAUCUCGGAAAGGCGAACCACCACUAACAGUGUUGGAUUCAUCUAAGGUUUCUUCUCUCUUUCUUUCUUUCCUUUCUUUUUUUUUUCCCCCAUAUAUUUGUAACAUUAAGGAUAUACUGAGAUCCCAAAUUCUUGUUCUUCCAUUCUGGUUGACAAGA